AUGCAGAUAUUGGAAAGUCUCGGCACCAUUCGUGGCGCAUUGCCCGAGGGCCUGCCCCUGUCCGUGGUUGGAAUCGCCGCGACAGUGCUUAUCGGCGUCAUCUAUUCAAUCAUUACACAAGAGAGACCUUUUGCAGGAUUUCCCCUCGCGUCGAUUGACGGGAAGAGUCCCAAGAAGAGCUGGUUGUUUCACGGGAGACAAGUGAUCGCGGAAGCAGCCGACAAGUACUCUGGUCCCUUCCAGAUUAUGACCGGAACAGGCCCAAAGAUCGUCUUACCCAACCGAUUCGCCGAUGAACUUCGAAACCACCCGCACAUGAACUUCCCCAAGGCCUUUGCCAAGGAUUUUUUCACAAAUUACCCUGGAUUCGAGCCUUUCGAGCAAGGCCUCAAAGACGACACACUCAUCCAAGAGACAGUACGGGUCAAGCUGACCCAGUCCCUAAACCUGGUGACCGACGAUCUGGUUGAUGAAACGACAAGCUCCCUGCAUGACAUAUACGGAGAGAGCGACCAAUGGCAGACGAUUAUACUGAAAGACACGGUUCUAGAUCUCGUCGCUCGGCUGUCGUCCCGAGUGUUCCUUGGCAAGGAACUAUGUCGAAACAAGCGAUGGCUCGAGAUUGCGAAGAAUUAUACCGUGGAGGGUUUUAUUGCGUCCUUCUUGAUGAGAAUGGUGCCCAGUUUGUUGCGCCCGAUCGCUUACUGGUUCAUUCCCCAGUGCAGGUUCUGCCGCAAAGCAGUGAGGGAUGCGCGAGAGAUCAUUGACCCCGAAGUCGAACGACGUGUUGCCGCAGUCAACGAAGCCCUGGCGAGGGGAGAGAAACCGAAGAAGACCGCCGACGCUAUUGGCUGGAUUCAUGAGGUUUCCAGGGGCCGCAAGGUCGACUACGUGAACGCGCAGCUCUCUUUGACCCUCGCCGCAAUUCACACGACGACCGAGACCACGGGACAGGCGCUCUUCGACAUUUGCGAGUAUCCCGAGGUGGCCGACGAGCUCCGGAAGGAGAUCAUCGAGGUUAUCGGAGAACACGGCUGGGCCAAGACCAGCCUCUACAAGUUGAAGUUGAUGGACAGCUUUUUGAAGGAGGGCCAGAGAGUCCGCCCCAUGGCGGCUACCUCGAUGAACCGCUUCGUGGAGAAAGAAGUGACUUUGUCGGAUGGCACCGUGCUACCCCAGGGUAGCCGCAUCAAUGUGAUUAGCAGUUUCAUGGACCCGAAGAUCUACCCCGAGCCCGAGAAGUUUGAUGCUGCACGCUUCUUGAGGAUGCGACAGCAGCCCGGAAACGAAAAUAGCUGGCAAUUUGUCACGACUAGUGGUGAACACAUGUUGUUUGGUCAUGGUCAGCACGCCUGCCCUGGACGAUUCUUCGCCUCCAAUGAGGUCAAGAUUGCGCUGUGUCACCUAUUGCUGAAAUAUGACUGGCGUUUUGUCCCAGGCUCUGGGCGGCCUGAGCCGCGGAGCUUCGAGACGAGCAUAGGUGUCAACCCGAAAGGCAAGGUUGAAUGCAGAAGGAGAAAGGAGGAGAUCAACUUGGACCUCACAGAGUAG